UCCGUUCAAAUGUCAAUAUCAAACAGUUUUGAAACUUAUAAACAAUUAUAAGUAGUUAAUAAGAGUUUUCCUAAAAACGAAUAUUAAAGUGAUUGAUUUAAAAUGGCGGGUAGAAUCACUGAAAUAAUUAAGAAUAAAGGCAGCUUCUCGUAUUCGUUCGAAGUAACGCCAGUUAUAAAAGAAAACGAAUUGGAAAAGUUGGAUUUGGAACCACUAUUCUUUUCCGUAACAUGGCACGCACAAGAUCACAAGUGUAAAGAUUUUGAAAUUGCACCUUUGAAAUUAGCAAAAUAUUUAAGAGAAAAAAACAAAAAUGUUUUAUUGCAUAUUUCUUGCUGUAACAUGAAAAAAGACUAUUUAGAUUAUUUGCUAGUCCUGCUUAAAGAUAUAGGAGUUUAUAAUCUUUUCAUAAUUUUAGGAGAAAAUUUUGAUUCCCGUCAUUCAGAGUUCAGACGCAGCCAAGAUAUGAUCACUUACAUAAGACAAGAAACAGGAAACUUUUUUUGCAUCGGUGUUGCUGGUUUCCCUGACCGCGAAGGAAGUAUUUUGCAACUAAAAGAAAAAAUUAACUGUGGAGUUGACUUUAUAUUGACUCAGGCAUUCUUUGAUUGUAAUGUAUUAAAACGUUUUUCUAUUCAUUGUGAUGAAGCUGGUAUACAUGUGCCUAUAAUUCCAGGUAUAUUUCCAUUUGAAACGGACAAAGAAUUAGAAGAUUUUGUAAAAUUGUGCAAAGUUCAUAUGACAGGAAAUAUAACACAGAAAUUGGCCCGUCAAUCUGGAAUCGAAGUAGUCACAAAAUUAAUAAACGAAAUCAUUCAGCAACAAAAAAUUAAUCACAUACAUUUCUUUACUUUGAAUAAAAUUGAAAGAACUACAAAUUUGAUACGAAACAUAUUAUCUACUAAAUAAAUAGGCCUAAAUACCUUGUAUUUUUUGUAUUCGUUACACUAGAAUAGUGACACGCAUCCAAAUGACCUGUAGUAACGGCAGCUUAGCAUUAAAUAAACAGAAAAGAAGCACAAUUUUUUCAGGUAGUUACCUACUAUAUUCCCUUUAUAUAUUUCCUUUCCUUCAUCGGUUAUCUUGAAUUUUAUAGAGGCCAUUU